GGAGAAUUCCCCGCUCUCCCGCUCUCAUGGCGCUGCUGUUGGGAGCGGUGCUGCUGGCGGCGGGCGCCGCGAUCCCGCCGGGAAUGCCGGCCCCCCGCGACCUGGCCCGCUCCGUGCUGGAGACCCACGGGCAGGACCUGCGGCUGCUCAAGCUGCUGGGAGUCACCAGGACGAGCUUCGACUGGGGAACCCACUUCAGCAUCAACUUCACGGCCCGGCAGCCGCCCUGCCCCAAACCCGCCCCGGACCCCCGCGGCUGCCGGGGCCGCCCGGGCAGGGUGCAGCGGUGCUUGGCCCAGGUGUCCGUGUUCACCUUCCUGCCCGACGUGCCGCUGUCGAUGGUGGAAUGCGGCGAGGAGCCGCAGCCCGGUGGCAGCGCCCAAACCCGCUCCCCUGGCACCCCAAAAACCUUCGGCGCCAACCCAGGUCGCUCAUCCUCCUCCUCAUCAUCAUCAUCCUCAUCCUCCUCGCGGCCCCCCCCGCGGCCUCGCCCCCCCAGCGCGUCCCCCCGGGGGUCAUCCCGCCGCCCCCCGGCCCCCACGGAGCUGGAAUAAAGAG